CAACCAAUCAGAUUUCUACCUACCUGCAUCCUGGAAGGCGAACAAGGAACGGCUGUGUUGCGGCAUCAAAGUGCUUGAGCCCCGGGAUGGAUGAUCCGGCCGGGCUGGAAACCCCCCCGUCGUCCCGGGAAUGAGGAGUGGGACAGAGCCGGUCUUGUGUCGUACUCGUUACGUGUGUUUAUAAAGCUGUUGAGGCUAUCAGAGGAGGUGGCCUGCUAGCUCUGCUGUAGCCCGAUAGCCUGUCAAUAGCCUGCUAGUCCGUCAAUAGCCUGCUAGCACUUCAUUUGCCUGCUAGCACGUCGUUAGCCUAUUAGCACUUCUUUAACCUGCUAGCACUUCUCUAGCCUGCUAGCCCUUCAUUAGCCUGCUAACACGUCAUCCAGCCAGCGGCUCGUAGUCAACAUGGCGGUAGGCAGCGUCCCAGCAGACGGAGCUGGUCGAAGACCGAAUGAAGCCAACAGGAAGCUGAAGUACAUCAGUCUGGCCGUGCUCGUGGUCCAGAAUGCCUCUCUCAUCCUCAGCAUCCGCUAUGUCCGCACGUUGCCCGGCGACCGCUUCUUCGCCACGUCAGCGGUCGUCAUGGCGGAGGUCCUUAAGCUCAUUACCUGCCUGCUCAUCAUCCUGGUGCAGAAGAGAGGUAACCUGAAGGAGAUGGCGCUGUUCCUCUACGACAGCAUCGUGGUCCAGUACGCAGACACCUUGAAGCUGGCCGUUCCUUCUCUCAUCUACACCCUGCAGAACAACCUGCAGUACGUGGCCAUCUCCAACCUGCCAGCAGCCACCUUCCAGGUGACGUACCAGCUGAAGAUCCUGACCACGGCUCUGUUCAGCGUCCUCAUGCUGAGGAAGACCUUGUCCAAACUCCAGUGGCUCUCCCUGCUGCUCCUCUUCCUAGGCGUGGCCAUCGUCCAGGUGCAGCAGGAGGGGAAGAAGGAGUCCGUCUCGGAGUCGUCCGACCAGAACUACACGGUGGGCCUGGUUGCCGUGGUGGUCAGCUGCCUGUCGUCGGGCUUCGCCGGCGUCUACUUUGAGAAGAUCCUGAAGGGCAGCGCGGCCUCCGUCUGGGUCCGCAACGUCCAGCUGGGGAUCUUCGGCACGGCGCUGGGCCUGCUGGGCAUGUGGUGGAAGAACGGGGAGGAGGUGGCGGAGCACGGCUUCCUGUUCGGCUACACCCCCGCCGUCUACAGCGUCAUCCUCAACCAGGCCUUCGGGGGCCUGCUCGUGGCCCUGGUGGUGAAAUACGCCGACAACAUCCUGAAGGGCUUCGCCACCUCCUUCUCCAUCAUCGUGUCCACGGUGACCUCCAUCUACCUGUUCGCCUUCCACGUGGACCUGCUGUUCAGCGCGGGCGCGGCGCUGGUCAUGGGGGCGGUCUACAUGUACAGCCUCCCCAAGGCCGGCACCCCCGCCGCCCCGCCCCCCCCGGCCAGCAAAGAGGACUCGCUGAUACCCAAGGGCUCAGAUAAGGAGAAAGGUUCCUAAGAGAGUUGGAUCGUCCGAAGGAAGAAGGCCGGACGGAGACACUGAAGGUUUACUUCAACUGAGGACCAAACGAGUCUUCUCACUCCUUAGUGAGUUUAUAGAACAUGUACAACAUUUCAAUAUUGAGUUUUUAAUGGCCUCAAUGUGGCCAUGUUGUCCUUUAUAAAGAAUGACUAGGAAUGUUAAAUACUGCGUUGGUUCAGGUUUGAUAUGCUUUUCAAACCUUUAAUUUUAUAUUUCUUACACUUAACUACUAUCUGCUACUUAAAGUGGAUUUUAACGUCUUGUAAUAUAUUUUUCUAUAAAUAUGUUUUCUGUAUAACUUUAGCCGUCAGUUUUAUGGCUGUUGAAAGGGGGCGUGUUUUUUUUUUGAACUAUCAUGUCACAUCCAUGUCACUAUUUUUGUCUUUUAGGCAGAAGGUUAUGGAACGCCAAACGUGACAAUAUUUAAGAAAUUAAUUCAUAAAUUACAUGAUGUGUGAAAUA